UUAUUAUUAUUAUUAUUAUUAUUAUUAUUAUUAUUAUUAUUAUUGGCCAGGCUCUGGAUAUGUAAUAUUAUUAUCUGUCGAAAUGGACCAUUAUGGGAAUUGGCAUUUCGGGGAAAUUCAAGUCCACGCAACUCCGGAAUCUCUUUUUGGCCCGAGACUUGGCCCCGUCUCUCUCUCUCUCUCUCUGCUGGAGAGGAAACUAGUUUCGCAAGCGAAUGUCGCAACAUGUCAACAUUGCAGGGCAUUUCCAAGAAGGCUCGCUCCACGGCCCUCCCCGAUAAAGCGGACCUGAUAAAAAUCGGAGCCCUUGCGGGAUUCGCAGAACUCCGGAGAAAGAGUAUUGGAUACCCGGACGGAGCCCGAAAGCUGCAGGGACCAAAGAUGGAUUUCUCGGGGAUCCUGACGCUUUGCCUGGCGAUGUGCCUUCAGUGCCGUGGCCUCGGGGCUCUUCCGUGCCCGCCGGCGACCUCUCCCAACGUCACCGAGUUUGUCUGCUCCUCGCCGUCCCUCAGCGACUUCCCGUCCGGCUUCCCCAAGGAGACGCGCUCCAUCUCGGUGGAGUUCACCAACAUCUCCAUCAUCAGCGUGGACGCUUUCCGGGCCCUGCCGCACCUCCGGGAGCUCCACUUGUCCAACAACCGGCUCAAGACGCUGCCCAACAGCCUCUGGCGCAACCACCCGGCGCUCACGGCCUUGGACCUCACCAACAACCUCCUCAAGGACCUCCCGCUGGGCCUCUUUGCGAGCCUGGCCUCCUUGGAGCAGCUCUCCUUGAAGGGCAACCGCCUGCCGCUCAUCCGCCCGCCCUGGUUCCAGGCUCUCAAGCGCCUCAAGAUCCUCGACCUCUCCAACAACCGCAUCGGAGAGCUCCCCGAUGAUGGCUUCGCCUGUCUCGAGGCGUUGACCAAUCUGGACCUCUCGUACAACUUCCUCCGCGUGUUGUCCGCCCCGGCGUUCAAGGGUCUCGCCCGUCUCCAAGGCUUGAACCUCGAGGGCAACGGAAUGCGGUCGGUCGCGGAGGACGCCUUCCGGACCGUUCCCGAGCUGCGCUUCCUCUUCCUGCAAAACAACAGCUUGGAGGCGCUCCCCAGGAAAGUCUUCGCCCCACUGGAGUCGCUCGAGGUGCUGGAUCUCUCCCACAACCGGCUCUCCGCCCUGGAGCCGCCCUUCUCGAAACACGUCGCCGAAUCGGGGCUGGACCUCGCCGGGAACCCGUGGGUCUGCGACUGCCGCAUGGAGGCCCUCGCCACGUGGGCCCGGAACAACUCCGUCGGGCUUUAUUCCGAGCGGGAUGUCACGUGUUUCUCUCCGCCGAAGCUCAAGGGCCGGGCCGUGAUGUCGCUCGGCUCAUCGGAAUUCGGCUCGUGCUGAAUCCUGGAGCCAAAAUGCAAGUUGACCCCCAUCAUCACCGUUUCCCAAGAUCUGACUUUAUCCUCUCUCGUUGUUUAUCGGUCUCUUUUGUUGCUGUGGAAAUAAAUAAAUAAGUAAAUAAACCAGAGUCAAAGUGGCAGUUAAAACCCGUUGGCCUCAGUGCUCCGCCAAAGCUCAAGGGUCGGGCUGUGACAUCGCUCGGCGCGUCCGAAUAUGGCUCAUGCUGAAUCCUGGAGCCAAACUGCAAGUUGACCGUCCACUUUCCAAGCGCUCUCCAUCAUCACCCAAGAUCUGACUUUAUCCUCUCUCGUUGUUUGUCGGUCUCUUUUGUUGCUAUGGAAAUAAAUAAAUAAAUAAAUAAACCGGAGUCAAAGUGGCAGUUAAAAUCUGUUGGCCUCAGUGCCAAGCUAGAUGCAGCAGCCAAUCCGAAUUCUCCCUCUCCAGAGCCAAAUUGCCAGUUAAAAUCCGUUGGCCUCAGUGCUCGGCCAAAGCUCAAGGUGAUGUCGCUCAGUGCAUCCGAAUUCGUCUCGUGCUGAAUCCUGGAGCCAAAAUGCAAGUUGACCAUCCACUUUUCAAACUCUCUCCAUCAUCACCCAAGAUCUGACUUUAUCCUCUCUCAUUGUUUGUCAGUCUCUUUUGUUGCUGUGGAAAUAAAUAAAUAAAGAAAUAAAGCGGA